AUGAUAGCCAUCCUCUCAAGCUCACCUAUCAUAAUGUUGAAGACGACGAAGGUGAAUCUUAUUGUCAAAUAUGCGAAGGAAAACGAAAUCCAAAAGAUUGGUUCUACUACUGCAAAAAAAUGUGACUUCGACUGCCAUCCUGAUUGCGUUUUAGGGAGGUAUCCUCAAGUCAAGUUAGAGGGCCGUUACAAGCAUGAUGCUCACCCACACCUUGUCACCCUAGUUGAUAAAAUUAAGAGCGUCAUUUGUUUUGAUAAGAGAGAGAGCAUUCUUCCUUUUGAGGCAUGUGGCAAACCUUGUGAAGGAUUGGUCUUUGAAUGGUCUGGCUGUAAUGUAGACAUCCACCAGUCAGAAUUAAACUGUAGAGGAAGAGAAAUAGAGCUUGAACAUUUCAGUCACAAGAAUCCAUUGAUGUUCAAGGACAAGCAGAUAAAUAUUGAUAGUGGACUAGUUUUCUGCUUUGGGUGUGCAAACCCAAUGCUCUACAGUUCCAACCAAUAUCCUCACGGCAACUUCACUCUCCAUAAAUCAUGUGCGGAGCUACCCAAUGAGAUGCAACACCCUCUGCACCCUAUGUACCCACUUGGUCUCCUCACCAUUGGAGAUUACACUUGUGUUGUGUGUGACCAACACUACAAAGACCGCUUGGCUUACAAUUGUUCCCAAUGUGACUUCAACCUUGACCUCAAAUGUGCUUCCAAUUGGCACAACAUUGGAAAUUAUGACUGCCAUAAGCACAAAUUCACCGUCCUUCUGAAGUGGCGAAUGAAAUUUACGUGUGAUGUCUGUGGCCAAGAUGGACAUGGCAUUGCUUACCUCUGUAGCAAUUGUCAGCUGUUGGUUCAUAAGAGAUGCACUUUAUUACCAUGCCACAUCAAAAUAACUGCACACCAACACCCUCUCAUGCUUAGAUGGUCCUUUGAAGCAAGCUUUCAACUUGACGACCAAUUUUGUAAAGUCUGCCACAAGCCCUUCAUCCAAAAGAAGAAAAUUUGUGGUGUUUAUUAUUGUGAGAAUUGCAAUUACUUUGCCCACAAUACAUGUGUGAUAAAGGAGGACGUCCUAGAUGAAACAACUGCAAUGGAACAAGAAAAUCAAGAUCCCUAUGCCGCAACGAUCGAGACCAUUGAUCAUGAAAAUAUGAUACUAAUUGUUGAGCCGGUCCAUAAGUUGAACUUGGAGCAGAACCAGCUAGAAUUAGGUGUGCAGAUCAAGCACUUCAGUCAUGAUCAACAUUUCUUAUCCCUGAGUGAUCAUCAUGAGGCAGCUAAAGAUAUUUCUGAUAGAAUAACUACUUGUCACUGCUGCAUUCGACCAAUCACUGUCACUGAUGCAUUUUAUAGCUGCACAGAACAACAGUCCUUUCUCCACAAACCCUGUGCUCAAUUGCCCACACAGAGACUUCACCCAUUUCAUCCACACCCACUCAAACUCCUCUCAAGGGCACCUAUGCUGUCGGAUAGCGAGUCAUCGUUAGGCAGUGAGCCCAAUGCGUUCGAUGAGGAGUUGUCAUCGGGCUGGGACACGUCCAGUGGGGCUGCGAGCCUCUAG